CUUGUCGCCUUGCCGCCGGUGCGCCCCGGUGCCCGCUGGUUUCGCGCCGGGAACUUGGGGUGCUCGCUGCAAUUCUGGAUUAUGUUCCUGCUGAGCCGGUCUGCGGGGAGCUGAGCCAGGGGAGGAAGCAUGCGGGGCUAUUUAAUGGUUUUCUGCCUUAUUUGCUGCACCGUGGACGGGCAAAUAGUGUAUUCCAUCGCCGAGGAAACAGAGCGUGGAGCGUCUGUUGGGAACAUAGCAAAGGAUUUAGGAAUAGAUGCAGCUACACUUUCAGCUCGGAAAUUUCGCAUGAUCACCGGUUCAAGUAAGCAAUAUUUUAAUAUAAAUGCCAGCACAGGGGCUUUGUCUGUUAACGAGCCCAUAGACAGAGAGCAGCUUUGUGAAUUAAAGUCUGUCUGUCUUCUGAAUUAUGAACUCGUGUUAGAAAACCCUCUAGAGCUUUAUAGGAUGGAAUUCAAAGUCUUGGACAUAAAUGACAACUCCCCCAGCUUUCCCUUAAGUGAAUAUCAUAUAAACAUGCCUGAGUUCCUGUCACCUGGGGCACGGUUUGCACUCCCCAGUGCCCAAGAUCCUGAUGAAGGUGCUAACAGUGUCCAGAAUUAUACUCUGAGCCCCGAUGAACAUUUCUAUUUGGAAAUGCAGAUCCGCGGGGAUGGGAGUAAAUAUCCUGAAUUGGUGCUGAAGAAAGCCUUAGACAGGGAGCAGCAAGCCACUCACAGACUUGUGCUUACAGCCAAAGAUGGUGGGAAUCCUCCAAAGUCUGGUGAUGUCCCGGUCAUUGUGACUGUGCUGGACACCAAUGACAAUGCACCAGAAUUUGAGCACUCGGUCUACAGGGCGAGUAUCUUGGAAAACUCCCCCAGUGGCACUUUGGUAGUCCAAGUGCACGCCACAGACUUGGAUGAAGGUCCAAAUGGAGAGGUCAGGUAUUCCUUUAGCAAUACAACUUCUGCUGACUUACAGCGAAUGUUCUCAAUUCACCCACACACCGGGGAGGUGACAGUCAAUGGCGUUUUAGCUGUUCAGAGACCCCUUCUCGAGAUGCUCAUUGAGGCAAGAGAUAAUGGGGCAUUUGGCAUGUCCAGCACAGCUAAGCUGCUGGUGGAAAUCACAGAUGUGAACAAUCAUGGCCCAGAGAUUACAAUUACAUCCCUUUCCAGUCCCAUUCCUGAGGAUGCUGUUCCUGGCACGGUGAUAGCCCUGCUGAGUAUUUUGGAUAAGGACCCUGGGGAGAAUGGGAAAGUAACCUGCCAGAUCUCUGAAAACCUUCCCUUCCAGUUAAAGCCUUCCCUUCAAAACUACUACAGCCUUGUCACCAGCGAGCUUCUGGACCGAGAGCUGAUCAGUGAGUACAACAUCACCAUUACUGCCACAGACUUGGGUUCUCCUCCUCUCACCACUCAGAAGACUGUUUGGGUGCAGAUUUCUGACGUGAAUGAUAACGCCCCUGUCUUCAGUGCUGACGCAUUCGAUGUGUUUGUGGAGGAGAACAAUCCACUUGGUGCUUUUCUCUACCAGGUCUCGGCAUCUGACCCUGAUACAGGGGAGAAUGGACGGGUCUCUUACACUCUCAGGAAUUCCACAGUUGCAGGCAGUGCCCUGACCAGCUUUUUGUCUAUGAACUUGGCCAAUGGGAGCAUCUAUGCAAAACGUGCCUUUGAUUUUGAGCAGCUUAGGAGCUUCCACUUCCAAGUGGAAGCCAAGGACAAUGGGUCACCAGCCUUGAGUGCUGCCAUAAGAGUGAAUGUUUACAUCUCAGACCAGAAUGACAAUGCCCCGGCCAUCCUGUACCCCACCAGCCAGAAUGGCUCUGUAGCUGUGGAAGUUGUGCCCCGCCUGGCUGAUGAGGACUACCUGGUGACCAAAGUGGUGGCAGAUGACGAGGACAAUGCACAGAAUGCUUGGCUUUCCUAUCACCUUGCCCAUUCCUCUGACUCCACCCUGUUCCAGCUGUCACCGCACACCGGCGAGCUGCGCACCACGCGCUCCAUGCGCUCCACCGACUUCCUCAAGCACAAGGUGGUCGUGGUGGUGCGGGACCACGGGGAUCCGCCGCUCUCCUCCACUGUCACGGUGGGCAUCCUGCUGGCUGACACCCUGCCCCAGGCACUGCCGGACUUUGAUGACAGCGGGCAGCCGCCACCGCUACUCAACGCCACAAACAUCUACUUGAUCGUUUCCCUUGCCUGUGUCUCGUUCAUCUUUGCAGCGUUCAUCUUCUUCCUCGCCAUCAUCCGGCUGUGCCGGUGCCAGACUUGCUGCUGCAAUGGCUGCUGCUGCCCAUCUGAUGACUAUAAAAAGUAUUGCUACAGUGUGCACAUGCUUCCCAGCUCCCACCUGCCACCGGACAUGCUGGAGGUCACUGGCGUGGGCAAACUCACUCACACCUACUUGUACAGGGCAUCUGUAGGUCUUGGGCCUAGUAACGGCAGCAUCCCAAAUGGAGAUGCUGGGAAUGUUCCUAGUGGCUCAAGGUUACAAGUGCCAGGACCCUGCAUCCAAGUGCAGCAGGUCCAAAGUGACCGGUUGAGUGCUGUCCUCGUGCCAAAACAUCCCAAUCCGGACUGGCGCUACUCUGCGUCCCUGAGGGCAGGAAUGCAAAGUGCUGUGCAUAUGGAGGAGGCAGGAGUCCUGCGUGGAGGACCAGCAGGGCCUGACCAGCAGUGGCCAACAGUCUCCAGUGCUACAGCAGAACCUGAGGCGGGAGAGGUGUCCCCCCCAGUGGGAGCUGGUGUGAACAGCAACAGCUGGACCUUUAAAUUUGGACCGGGCAAUUCCAAACAAGGUGGUCCUGGUGAGUUGCCAGACAAAUUCAUUAUCCCAGGAUCUCCUGCAAUCAUCUCCAUCCGGCAGGAGCCACCAAACAGCCAAAUUGACAAAAGUGACUUCAUAACCUUUGGCAAGAAAGAAGAGACCAAGAAAAAGAAGAAAAAGAAGAAGGGAAACAAGACUCAGGAGAAAAAAGAAAAGGGCAACAGCACCACUGAGAACAGUGACCAGUGAGGGAGUUAUGCUGAAAAAAAACCCUCUUAGCCAGUUUUUGUAAUAAUGGCAGAUUUCUCCUAUGUAGCAAAUCCCAACUUCUUCCUACUGUUAACAAAUUUCCUGUAUGUACAGACUUGAGAAAAUCAGCAGGAAAUUCAGUGUCUGUCUAAAUUGCUUAACAGGUUUUGUCUUAAAAGCUUUAUUAAGUCUGGUGUUAACUCUUUUUCUCCACUCUGGCUUGUUUUCAGAAUCUAAAAAGCAGACACAAGUUUCCUUUCUCCUACGCCGAAAAGGAGAAUCUUCACAGUACAGCCAGUGAGAGGUUGGACUCUGCACUGUGGUUCCUGUGCUCCUGUCUUGAUGACACUUACAGGACAGGUUUAAAAGUUUUAAUGUUGUGCACCCUCUAUCUGAUUGGAAAUAUUUGUGUGCAGAUGUCAGCUAGGUGAUAUGAGACCAGAUUAUAAAAUGCAAGAAGAGCUGGUAAAUAUGCAACAGAGGAAAGACCUAAUGAACACAAAUGUUCAAAGAUGUUCAGGCUGAGGAGAAAAUGUCUGAAAGGAGAUGAGCAGACUUGUCAAAUCCUGAGAAGUCACGGUGUGGAAAUACUGACUCCUAUACAUGACGUAUUGUACACACUGCUUCAAAUGAAACCUCACAUUUACAGCUCUUUAAGACACCAUAAAUUUUAUCUUUGCCAAGCAAGCCAUUGGAAAAAAAUAGUCCCUUAAAGCCCUGCAUUACCCUGGUAAGGCUAGCCCUCAGAGAGUAAGAAGGGCUGGGCUGACAUCCCAGGAAUGUAACUGUGAUGCUGUGUGUCCCUGUUUCCACAUUAUUUUGCACAUGAUGUCUCUGAAAAGGUCAGAGUUUUUCCACGACACUUAUGCAAAAGAGAGAAAAAAAGUAACAUUAACUAUGCUAUUUGUUAUUUGAGAUAUUUAUUUAUAAAGAAAUAUAGCUGUAAAUGUUAAAGAAAUAUGAUGCCCUUUAACCCAAACAGAAGUCAAUCUAGAGCCAUUAUAAAUUACAAUUGCUGCUAUUAAAGUGCUUUAGAAAAAUUGCCUGAAACAUCUGUAUUAUAUCAGCCACUUGCCAAUAACAGCUUUAUUCUGUCGGGUGACUUGGGGGCUGCCUCUUGCAUGUAUUAAUAAAUACAAGGAUAUCUUCUCUUUUUUUUUGCAUUUUUCUGCACUUUGAAUACACCUUUGCAAACAAACUGUCCUAAUAUGAAGAAGCAGAAGCAAACUCCUCACACAAAUGGAUUUACUAACCUGCUAGCUCUGUGCAGUACCUUGGUGUUACCUCCCACACGACCUUUUCUGAUUUUAGUUUUACUUUUCUAUGAGAUUAUGAAUUUCUGACCCUACUAACACUCCUUAUGUAAAAUUCAAGUACUGUAUGUAUGCUGUAUGCUCUUAUAAGGAUCCUGAAAUAUUUAUUCUGUGCUUGUGUAUGUGAAUGUCAAUGCAACUAUUAUUAGAGUGGACUUUAAGCUUUACCGUUGAAUGUAAAUUCAUUAUUUCUUUUUUGUACACUUGUGAAAAAGUGGAGUAGUGUUAAUUUUUUAAGCCACUGUUGAUUAUCAGUUUGGUUUUUUUUUGUGUAUGAGACACAAGUAAAAUAUCUUUCUUAAACCAAGCCAUGCAUGCAUUUUGGGAUUUAUUGGUAAGAAUCUGUGAAGCUGAAGUUCUGUGAAUUACUAAACCUAAGGAUAUAAAUGGAGUAUUGAAUGUGGUUGAGGAUGUUGAUAUAAAACCAAUACAUGUAUUUUUAAAUAGAAGCUGAUGAGGGAAUUCCAAGGAGUUUUCUACAUUAUUGUACAUUCACAGAAUAAAGCUCAAGUGUCGUGUUAAUUGGAACUGUGUAAGAAACUACAUAGCUCUGAAAUUUCUAAAGGCCCUUUAAUCUAGGAUCAAAGAGAACAACUGGAUUUCUUGAGACAUGUCCUGGAUGUUUUAAGUUUCCAAACUGCUGACAGUUCAGAAUAGAACAAUUCCUAUUCAUUUUUAAGAACCUGCAGCAAAUCUUAAAACAUCACAGCAAAGCUCUAAUAAAAGAAUUCUUAUCUCAAAGCAUGAACCACCAAUGGCCUCAUGUGGUCUAUUUAGAGUUUUCUUUUGUUACCAGUCUUGUUUUACUGGCAAUAAAAAGGUGCUACUUGAGAAAGAGAAUCCUUGAUUCACUUUUAAAGGCUAGACAAGAGGAAAAAAAACCUUAAACUUUGGGGAGGGAACUGUUCUUUUAUGCAAAUGUGCUAUGCAAGUACAUUUAGUUGGGUGUUUUUUUAUUAUUUGGUGACUAAUCCAACAGCUCCCAAAAUGUUCAUCAGCUGUAGUUACUGUGGUAGCUUAAACACACAGAAGAAAACUGUUGUUUUGUAUUCAUCAUCAAAUAGCUGUCUCAAUGCCUCUGGCAAAAAUUCAGCACAAAGAUUUCAUUCUUACAGGAAUCUUCUACACUUGAUCAUUUUUAGAUUUUAAUUGAAUAUUGGUUUUUCUUUUGAGUGCUUGCAUUUUCCCCUAUGCAAGCCAGUCUGAUUCAUUCAUUUUUCAUCAUUGGCCAUACACAGCUGGUUUUCCAAGGCUUGUCUCUAUUAAAAUGAACCAAGAGCUA